AUGUGUGACGAGGAAGAGACAACAGCCUUGGUAUGCGACAACGGCUCAGGACUAGUGAAGGCUGGCUUUGCCGGUGACGAUGCCCCCAGGGCAGUGUUCCCAUCUAUUGUGGGGCGCCCCCGUCAUCAGGUCAGUCCCCCCAUCUUACCCCCUGCUACCCUUCCAUGUCAGUCAGAUGGUCAUUCCUGAAAUAGAGCCGCAACACUAUUGUUAGUCGUCAUUGCACCUACAGUAUGGCUAACCUGGCCCCAGAUCUGUUUGUGCUCUUGCCAACUACAUUGCUGUCAUUACCAAGCCAAACAUGGCGUGACGACGAGUGACAAGGAGUUGGCAUGAUGGCCCAAACAGACUGGCACUCAGGCUACGGUACGGGCAAGUUUCCUGAACCCAGAUGAAGCCUAGUCCCGGACUAAAAAAAAACUUUCAAUGGAGAUUCUCUAUUGAGCAUGCUUUUUAGUUUAGCAGGCUUAAUCUGGGUCCGGGAAACCAGACCCUGCGUGUGUCAUUUGCAGAUCUGUUUUAGAAAUCAAUAUGUGUCUGUUGCUGUUCACGUUCACAUCUGGACGACAGGAGGCUGCUGAGGGGAGAAUGGCUCAUAAUAUUGUCUGGAACGGAGCAAAUGGAAAGGCAUCAAACACCUGGAGACCAUGUGUUUGAUGUAUUUGAUGCCAUUCUGCUCCAGUCAUUACCAGGAGCCCGUUCUCCCUCAUGUGACCUGUAUCUACUGUUCAUGUGAAUGAGCCUUGCCUGUCUGCCUCUUCCCCAGGGUGUGAUGGUGGGUAUGGGUCAGAAAGAUUCCUAUGUGGGAGACGAGGCCCAGAGCAAAAGAGGUAUCCUGACCCUCAAGUACCCCAUUGAGCACGGCAUCAUCACUAACUGGGACGACAUGGAGAAGAUCUGGCAUCACACCUUCUACAAUGAGCUGCGUGUGGCCCCUGAGGAGCACCCUGUCCUGCUCACUGAGGCCCCCCUAAACCCAAAAGCCAACAGGGAGAAGAUGACCCAGGUGGGUCACCUGCCUUAAUUAACCCAAUUGCCUGGCUGUCAAUCUUAUAGUUUAUGCUGUUGAGCAUUACAAUAUAACUAAUGUUGAUUGAUUAUAUUAUUAUAUUUGCGUCAUAUUAUUAUUAGGUGCACUGCCAAAUAAUGGAUUUCUGAGCCUGUUUUCUAACACUGUGGGGUUUUCUUCCUGGCAGAUCAUGUUUGAGACCUUCAACGUGCCAGCUAUGUACGUGGCCAUCCAGGCUGUUCUGUCUCUGUACGCCUCUGGUCGUACCACAGGUAAGUGCUCAUCCUAACACAAAAUUGAAUACAGUAAAAAAGGGACUUUUUAUACAUAUAUUUUAGACUAUGUGGCACCAGCAGGAAUGAAAACCCCACAACCCUGUGAUGCUCGUCAGUGCGUCUGUACUAAUGUGUCUGUGUCACCUGUGCAGGUAUUGUGCUGGACGCUGGUGAUGGUGUGACCCACAACGUGCCCGUGUAUGAGGGUUACGCCUUGCCCCAUGCCAUCAUGAGGCUGGACUUGGCUGGCAGAGACCUGACUGAUUAUCUGAUGAAGAUCCUCACUGAGAGAGGAUACUCUUUCGUUACCACCGGUAACCAUGGAGACCUUUUAGAUACAACCAAAUUCAUCUAGAACUAUAUCUUUAUUUUGUACUUUCUGAUAGUAUCAUAAUAAUAUCACCUUUCACCCAAUGUAUAUGUUGUGUCAACACCUGAUUCUAUUUGGGGGUUUUUGCACCUUGUCACUUUUGUUGAUCGCUCAUUAUCUUACAGUGUAUCUUAUUGGCAAAAUAGAGUAACUGCAGUCCUUUAUGAUCUUCCUAGUGUAGUACCUGUGUUUGUAGAAGAGGCUGAUCAGUGUAGUUAUAAUUGACACAUAGCUUAAGGUUCCCCUACAGUUACCGUUUGAUCCUUUAUGCCUGUCUACGGUUGUGAGUGGGUGACACGCUGAUAAAGGCAACAUGAUCUCACAAACUCACUGCUAUAUUUGAAUCCCACAGCUGAGAGAGAGAUUGUCCGUGACAUCAAGGAGAAGCUGUGCUACGUGGCUCUGGACUUUGAGAAUGAGAUGGCCACCGCUGCCUCCUCCUCCUCUCUGGAGAAGUCCUACGAGUUGCCCGACGGCCAGGUCAUCACCAUCGGUAACGAGAGGUUCCGUUGCCCAGAGACCCUCUUCCAGCCCUCCUUCAUCGGUCAGUACAAAUCCUUACAAGUUCACAAUGUUCUAUAGCCUGGUCCCAGAUCAGUUUGUCUUGCCAACUCCUAUAUGGCCGUUGUCAAGGCAGCACAAACAGAUCUGGGACCAGGCUAGAUGUUCUGUGCUGCAGCACAAGUAAUGUAUAUAAGAUUAUGCAGGACAGGAGGAAGUAAAAGUCACCACAUGGAUCAUUCAUUAAGGAUAUGUAUUGAUAUAAUUUUCACAACAGUACUUUAUGUGUCAUUAUUUCAUUGUCUUUUAUAUCUUGCUUAUGAAGUUUGGGGUUUGGGUUAAUCCUUUCUUUUCCCACGGAGGCCUCACUACAGACAACAAGGCUCAGAAUCCAUUGCUCUGUUUCUCCAUAGGUAUGCAGUUGAGAAUAUGGGUGUAAAGACUGUUAUUUGUUAUUCCAAAUAGGUAUGGAGUCUGCUGGUAUCCAUGAGACCACAUACAAUGGCAUCAUGAAGUGCGACAUUGACAUCCGUAAGGACCUGUACGCCAACAACGUCUUGUCCGGCGGUACCACCAUGUACCCUGGUAUCGGUGACCGCAUGCAGAAGGAGAUCACAGCCCUGGCCCCCAGCACUAUGAAAAUCAAGGUAUGGAUAAUAUAUGCAUCUUAUUCUCUUUGAUAAUUACACCCACCUAAUCUUACCACCAUCCAAUUACUGAGAGUCAAUUAUUGAACAGUGAUGAACCUGAAAGUGGUUUCAAAGUACCCUUGGUGAAGCAAAGCUAGUAAGUAUAGACACUUGAUUUGCAUUUAAAAAAACACACUUGACUCGGUCCUAACCACAGACUAUUGCUUCCUGUAGAUGAUUGCCCCCCCUGAGCGUAAGUACUCUGUCUGGAUCGGCGGCUCCAUCCUGGCCUCCCUCUCCACCUUCCAGGCCAUGUGGAUCAGCAAAGAUGAGUACGAGGAGGCUGGGCCCUCAAUCGUUCACAGGAAGUGCUUCUAA